AUGCCCAAAGCAUUCCUGCUGCUGUGUGUUGCCCUGGUGCUACUUGGGCCUAUCCAUGGAAACACACUGAGAAACAAAGGGCAGUGGAAGCCACUCGACAACCCCAGGAACCGAGAGCUGUUUUUCAGAACCCUUCAGGCGUAUUUUAAGGGAAGAGGUCUUGAUCUUCAAAGGUUUCCAAGUGAUUUGUCCAUGAAAGAAAAUGCCAGACCUCUCUCUUUGCAGGCAGAACUUAUUGCCUCUGCACUGGCCGAUUAUGAAGAGCAGAAAGACUCCUUUCCCAAUUAUCUCUUAGGCUGA